UAUAUAUGUAUGUGUUAGAUGAAUGCAUAGAGACAUAGACCCUUACUCAUACCCUUACUCAUAGCCGGUCAGGAAACAAACAGGGCGUUUGUAGAAAGUUUUACAGCGAUUUCAUUGUACAAUUGUUUUGGAAUUACUGAAGUGAAAAUAUAAUCAUAAUGUCCUUCGUUUCGCCGCUACCCAGUCGCGAGUUUCUGUGGGAUGUAUUCCAAAGAGUGGAUAAAGAUCAUUCUGGAGCCAUUACAGCUGAUGAACUUCAAGUUGCACUUUCAAAUGGAACAUGGACUCCAUUCAACCCAGAAACUGUUCGCUUAAUGAUUGGUAUGUUUGACAUUGACAAAAUCGAUCCUGCUUCUCCAGGUAUGUUUGACAAAAACCAAACAGGAACAGUGAGUUUCGAGGAGUUUGGUGCCCUAUGGAAAUAUGUCACUGAUUGGCAGAACUGCUUCCGAUCUUUUGACCGUGAUAAUAGUGGAAACAUUGAUCGUGUUGAAUUAAAGACAGCUCUAACAAAUUUUGGAUACCGACUGUCAGACAAUAUAAUAGAUACCCUAAUACGCAAAUACGAUCGAGCUGGUAGAGGUACUAUUUACUUCGAUGACUUUAUUCAAUGCUGCAUAGUUCUUUAUACUUUAACCUCUGCAUUUCGUCAAUAUGACACUGAUCAGGAUGGAGUCAUCACAAUACAUUACGAACAGUUCCUGGGCAUGGUAUUCAAUCUAAAGAUACUGUAAUUGUUAACUUGCCUUGAACUACUUUCUCGCCAAUAUAUGCAAACAUAUUAGCAACGUUACUAAGAAAUAUAAAUAUCUGUAAAAGAAGUAACCAUAAGAAUGGAGAUAACCUGCAAGGAGCAAAGUAUUGAAUAUGAUUGCAUUGCCAAAGCAAUUUUAUAUUUGGUAUUACUUAUGUGUGAAGUGUGAAACACGUUUAUCUACAGUCAAUUCAGCAAAUUGUUAUGUCUUGCAGAGUUCUAUACUGAUACAAUAUAUAUUAUAUAAUUAAUCUAUAUAAAUCUAAGCAUUCAUUGUUAUAUAACAAAAAUUAUACGCAAUACAUUCUAUUUAAAAUAUAAUUGUAAAGCCUUA